UAUGUACAUAUAGGGAUGGAUUCGAGCAAUGCUCCCACUAAGAAAGGUAGAAGUUACGUCAAGUGGACAGAUGCAAUGGAUAAAGCUAUAUUGGAUGUGUUUGUGGAAUACUUCAACAAAGGAGAUCGAGCUCAGAAUGGGUGGAAACCCCAUGUAUACACAGCUGCAGUUAAGAAAGUGAUGGAGAAAUGCACAGUCGAGCUUACCAAGGAUAACGUCAUUGCUAGGAGGAAAAAUUUUGACAAGCAUUAUGUCAUCGUCAACAAUAUGCUUAGUCAGAGUGGAUUUGGUUGGGACGAUGACAAGAACAUGAUAUCCGUUGAAGAUGACGUUUGGAACAAUUAUGCCAAGGACAACAAAGAUGCAGCCUCGUAUAGGUACAAGGUCAUCAAGUAUUGGGACAUGAUCAGUACACUUUACAACAGAGACCGUGCUACGGGCGAGGGUGCAAGGACAGCAAAUGAGAGCGCGGCUGAAAUGGCGGAGGAGAUAGCUAACACCAUCGCAACCAAUAAAGAUGCCAACUCCUCAACUAAGGAUGACGAAGAUCGUCCAAAGAAGAGGUACCGAUCCGAUGACUCGGUUGCAAUAAUGCUUGGAGAUAAAUUUGACAAUUUUACUGCUGUGUUCAAAGCCGAUGCUCCUGAGCCGCCACCAAAGCCAGCAAGUCCUGAAGAAAUAUGGGCUCUCCUUGGUGGAAUACCAGAACUAGAAGAUGAUCAGCUCUUGGCAAUAUAUGAUGUUCUAGUUGCCGAUGAUCGCAAGUUCAAGUAUCUAUUGGCACUGCCUGAAAGGAUGAAGAAGAAGUGGGUUCUAAAGCAAAUAAGCACAUGAUUGGGAUACUCCUUUGUAAUGUAGCAGUCUACCUGGAACUUAUUUAAACUAUGAAACUUGUUUAAACUCUGGAACUUGUGAUCUCUGGAACUUGUGAUGUAGCAGCCUUUGUGAUGUGCAACUUAUUUAAACUCUGGAACUUGUAUUUAUUAAGUUGAUGCAUUUAUGUUUUAUGGACUAGAACUUGGAAACUUGGAUGAUAUGUGGAUUAUGAUCCAUGUUUCGGUA